AUGCAAGCACGUUUGGUCGAUUUAUUUCCCUCACGUUCUUUUGCUUCAGUUCAAGAAGUAACUCUCCAAACAAGACCAUACAAAUUAUUUAAAUUAGACAAUGGACCUAAAUCUGAGACAAUUUUAACAAAAGAAGAUGCUAUAUUUUAUUUCCAAAAGAUGCAAACAAUUCGUAGAAUGGAGACAACAGCUAGUAAUUUAUACAAAGAGAAGAAAAUUCGUGGAUUUUGUCAUCUUUAUUCUGGACAGGAGGCUUGUGCCAUUGGAACAUAUGCCGCGAUGGAUCCAGAAGAUGCUGUUAUAACUGCUUAUAGAUGUCAUGGUUGGACUUAUAUUAUGGGUGCACCGGUAGUUGAUGUUAUUUCUGAAUUAACUGGUAAAAUUUCUGGAAAUGUUUAUGGAAAAGGUGGUUCUAUGCAUAUGUACGCAAGAAACUUUUUUGGUGGUAAUGGAAUUGUUGGUGCACAAAUACCUCUUGGAGCGGGUAUAGCUUUUGCAAUGAAAUAUAGAAAUCAGAAAAAUAUUUGUUUGACAUUAUAUGGGGAUGGAGCUGCAAAUCAAGGACAAUUAUUUGAAUCAGCAAAUAUGGCAAAACUGUGGAAUUUGCCUGUUGUUUUCAUUUGUGAAAAUAAUGGAUUUGGUAUGGGUACUUCUGUUGAAAGGGCAUCCGCUUCUACUGACUAUUACACUCGAGGAGAUUAUGUUCCUGGUAUCUGGGUGGAUGCAAUGGAUGUUUUAACUGUUCGGGAGGCUAUUCGUUUUGCAAAAGAAUGGUGUAAUGCGGACAAUGGUCCUUUAAUGGUUGAAUUUGCUACAUAUCGUUAUUAUGGACAUUCAAUGAGCGAUCCAGGGACUAGUUAUCGGACAAGAGAUGAAAUACAGGAAGUCCGAAAGACUCGUGACCCAAUUACUGGUUUUAGGGACAGAAUUCUUACGGCUGGUUUAGUUACUGAGGAAGAAUUGAAGGGUAUAGAAAAAGAAGUACGUCAAGAAGUUGAUGAGGCAACAAAAAUGGCUUUAUCUGAGGGAGUUUUGCCACCAGAAGCUUUAUAUAGCGAUUUAUAUGCAAAUACUCCACCCCAAAUGGUACGAGGCACAACUUUUGACAAAUCAACUGUUCAGCAAUAUGCAACUACUGCUGAAUUAUUGGGAAAGAUGGGACGGCCAACAAAGUCAUAUUAA